UCCUACAGGUUGUGGGAGAAACCAUUUUGCCGAGAUUAGCUUGAUUGUAAUUGGACCUCAGGCAAAUUUGACCAAAAACCCUAUUUUGACAACAAAGGAAAAUUCUAUGGAAAUCAACCUGACAGGGAUUGCUAUGAACAACAAUAGAUCCGCAGCUGUAACUUUUAUGUCCUUUACUGGAAUGGAGAAACAUUUAAGUGCCUCCUUCCUCAAGACUGACAAUCAGACAGAAAUGUUUUCGGAUGUCAUUGCAGCAAUGUUACCCAAAACAAAAAUCACAGAUCUUUCAGAGCCAGUUAGUUUCACAAUUAAGCACAAGAAGUCAAAGACAGAAGGUGGGCUCAUGACCUGUGUCUACUGGAAUGAUGCAGGACAGGAUAAGUUCUGGUCUGUGGAAGGAUGCACAGCAAACUACUCAAAUGAAAAUUACACAGUGUGCAUCUGCAACCAUCUCUCCACCUUUGCUCUCAUAAUGCAAAUGAAAGAUGAAAGUGGGAGUAACAACUUGCUGGAAUGGAUCAACAAUAUUGCUGUGAUCCUAGGCCUGGCAUUUUUUGCCUGUGCCAUUAUAACCUUUAUUUUCUGCAGCUGGAGUGCAAAAGUCAACAACACGGCUCGCCUCAACCUCUGCUUCUGCCUCUUCCUGGCUCAGCUACUUUUUCUGGUGGGAGCAUCACACACUGAGAAUAAGGCAUUGUGUUCAGUUAUAGCUGGCGCCCUGCAUUUUCUCUUCCUGGCCAGUUUUGUGUGGAUGUUACUGGAGGCCCUCCAGCUCUUCCUGCUGGUGAGAAGCCUGGCACAAGUGAAGGUCAUCCACAAAGAGGGGCUGCAUUCUGCUUACCUUUUGCUGAUUGGGUACAGCAUCCCUACUGUUGUAGUUGGUGUAUCUGCUGGAGUGUUUCCUGAGGGCUAUGGAAGUGGUCAAAUCUGCUGGCUGAAACAAGAAAAUAACUUCAGGUGGACUUUUCUGGGCCCCGUGUGCUUUAUUCUCACAAUCAACUUGUUUUUGUUUUGUGCAAUUAUCUGGCAUCUCAGAUUAACUCUGGUUCACAUGAAGAGUGACAUCUCCAAAAUUAAAGACACCAGGAUAAUAGUUUUCAAAUCUGUUACCCAAUUUGUCAUACUGGGCUGCAGCUGGAUCUUGGGCUUCUUCCAAGGUUCCACUCUGCUAUCGUAUUUGUUUACUGUACUAAACUCGCAACAGGGGACUUUCAUUUUCAUUGUACACUGCCUGCUCAACAGAGAGGUGAGAGAGGAGUACAAGAAAUGGUUCUCUUGUCUUUGUGUAAAGCAAGGGGUUUGACAGUCUGGAAAGGCUUCAAUAUAGACACUGUAUGACUCCUAGGUGACUAGAAAGUGUCUCUCAGUUUAGAUAAAGCUUGUAACAUCAGGCAGAGUAAACACCUCUUGCUUCAAAGCAGAAGGAACAACAACGAGCAGGGAAGAAAUGAGA